CCGCUAGGAGGCGCUGCUCGUUUUGUUUGUGUUGUGACGAGCGAGGUCAAAGUUGAAUGUUUGACAGAGAGAGCCCAAUAUGGAUGUCAUAUUCCACGAGAAACAAGAGGGCUCUCUCUGCGCCCAGCACUGCCUCAACAACCUGCUGCAGGGUGAGUACUUUACCCCGGUGGAUCUUUCCUCUAUUGCCCAUCAAUUGGAUGAGGAGGAGAGGAUGAGGAUGGCAGAGGGAGGAAUGGGCAGUGAUGAGUACAGGACCUUUUUACAGCAACCAUCUGGAAACAUGGAUGACAGUGGGUUCUUUUCAAUACAAGUUAUUAGCAAUGCUCUGAGAGUUUGGGGACUGGAGCUUAUCCUCUUCAACAGCCGGGAGUACCAGAGCCUGAUGAUAAAUCCAAUAAAUGAAAAAGCCUUCAUAUGCAAUUACAAGGAGCACUGGUUUACUAUUCGCAAACUUGGGCAACAGUGGUUUAACUUGAAUUCACUUUUGACUGGACCAGAGUUGAUCUCGGACACAUAUUUAGCCCUUUUCCUUGCACAGUUACAGCAAGAGGGGUAUUCCAUAUUUGUGGUCCGAGGAAAUCUCCCAGACUGUGAAGCAGAGCAGAUUCUUGGGAUCAUGAGAGUGCAACAACAGCAGCGGCCAAAACUUAUUGGCGAGGACCAAGCUCAGAUGAGCGCAGGCAGGUUGGCAACACUGGGCCAGACCGAGAUGAGCUUUGCUGUUGAGAGUGACGUUGUGGACGAAGAUGAAGAGCUGAAGAGAGCUCUGGCACUCAGCAGACAGGACAUUGAUGUAGAAGAUGAGGAAGCUGAUCUCCGCAGGGCCAUUCAGCUUAGCAUGCAAGGAGCCGUGUUGACCAACACCUCUUCAGAUUCUGGUAGUGGACAAGUGAGAGUGGACAGUGAAGCUGCCGGGGAACUAAGAGUCCACAAUGAAACACUAACAGCAGAUGAGCUGAGGAAGAGGAGGCAGGCCUACUUUGAUCGGCAGCAGCACCCUGUCCAGUCGAACAUUCCUCAACAAGCCAACACAACAUCAAUAGAGAACAGUUGCACUGAAGUGGACCAACAACAAAAGCCCAGCCUGUGAAUGUGGAAAAUGUCUGCUUUUGUCAAAAAGCUGCCUGGGCCUGUAACCCCUCCCGAUUCAGGGAUAGCUUUGCCCCUUCCUCUAGUGUACCUUUUUGCAUCUUUUGCGAACAUGUGGACAUUCGGCAGACAGAACCGUUUUCCCCAGUUGGUUUGCUGAUGAGCAUUAGAGAACGACAAGAGAAAAAGGCAGCAGGCAGCAGGCAGCCUGGUGGCGUUUCCACUGAGGCUGCAAAGAAGCUGAACUCAUGAUGCAGUAAAACAAGUUUGCCUCUUUUUUUUUUUUUUUUUUUUUUUUUUUUUUUUUUUUUUUUUAAAACCAUGGCGCCUUCUAUUUCUACUGUAUAUUGUAUUAUUUCCCAAUUUUCUCUUUGCAAGGGAUGGAUAAAGUAACUGUUGUACACAAAAUGGUGUUUAUAGUGGGAGGUGAAUUCAUACCAUUUGUCCACUGUUAAGUUGUAAAAAUGUGACUGGAUUUUGGGUCAAACCCAUUCAUCGUACAACCAGUCUAUUGUUUAGGUCGUUUGUUGUGGGUAAAAGGCAACAAAACCCUUUCAAGCCAGCUCUUGAAAUUUCUUCUCAUUCAAUAUCAUAAUAUCAUCCAUCAUUAUACUUUUGAGCUAGUAAGGUUAUUGAGCAACUGUGGUUGUUACUUCUAUGGUUAUACCUUGAUUACUAUGUUAAUUAGUAGUCAUAGUAACUCAAUAUGCAUUUUAUAGUCAGUCGAUUUUGGAUUGAUAGAGACAGCAUUAACUGUUGAGUGACUUCUUGAAUGAUGAAUAAUAAUUAUUCAUCAUUCAUUAUUCACUGACUAUGUAUACAAUACAUUAAUAGGGAACAGGAUUUGCAAUCCAUAUGUGAUAAAUGAAUGAAUCCAUGAUUCCAGCAGGACUUAUUACAUUCUCUCCACAUCAGUAUCUGUCACGAUGAAUUAAUGACUUUUGUUAUGACAAUUCCCCUUUAAAAAGGUUUUCCUGUUGAAUUGCACUGCUUUUAAUAAUUGUGUCUCUGCCUCUGACAUAUAAAUGACCUUGCAAAUUUAAUAGUGAAGCUUUGUAAAAUGAGCUGUUGGUAUGGUUAAAAAUCCAAAGGACAAAUUUCAGCAUUAACCGUCAUUGUAUUAUGGAACCAGUAUGUUGUUCACAUUUUCAGCUAUACUUAGGUGGAAUUUCAUAUGAAAUUUGAAUUCAUGUGCAGUUUGACCUCAGGGGAGAUUGCAUGGUUGAUUAAUUGCUGUGUCAUUUUCCACCCUUUGCUUCUGUCACGUUUUGCUUGAUUUGAAAUGUAUAUGUAAGCUUGCAAAUACUGGGUUUUAGGAUGAGUUUGACUUUCACUUCCUUCUCACUUUAAGCACUAACUCAUCAUUUUUUUAUUCUAUAAUGCUCAUGUUCUUAAAAUAUAUACUGGUGUUGUUCCAGGAUUAAAGCAACAUUUAUUGGUCA